GGAGAGUCGGAGAGCCAGAGUUGCUGGGUGAGUUCGAUUGUGCUUCCAGAUCGUCUUCCAGGCUUUGACGUGAAAUGAUUUCAGCUCCUUGUCCUGAGGCUAAAUCAUUUAAUUGCAGAGAUGGAAGGCUUAAUGGUGGAACUGCGGCCAAUGACAGCAGAAGACUGGAGUGCUGCGGCACAGGAUUACAAAAAGAACUUGACAACGGUGUCUUUUGUCAGCUUACCAGUCUUCGAGUACGAAGGGCCAACCCUCAAGGACGAAGACUUUGAUGAGAACCAGGAUCACAUACCAGACAAGAUGGCUAGAGGUGCAGUGAGAGGCACCCAGUUCCUCGAGACGCUGCAGAAUUUCAGACAAGCUCGUGAAAUCUACGGCGGCCAUCAGCAAUUGGACUGGAUGAUUGAAGAUCUCGACUUCGGUGGAGAUUGACCGCGUAUGACACUACCGACACUAGGUUUCCUCGUGAUCCGAUGUGCAACACACAAGAAGGAAAGACCUACGGUCACUGCACUUUGUGUCAGUUUGUGGUCAUUAGCUUGCCUUAGUUGUGAAUUGUUCUCUAUGUACCGGGAUGUUAGCAGUGAGUCAAGCAAACGAAAGCUUCCCACUGUGACGAAUACACGGGCCUUGUAGUCAUCCAGCUAAGCUGGGAAUUCACAAGACCUGCAUGUAUCGUUUCACCUGAAAAA